UAGACCUCAUUAAUAUAAUUCGUGUAGUAGUAUUAACUAACGACUCCUCACUUCUCCUCCAUUCCCAUUCUCCUCGUUGACCACCACUUUUCAGUUCCUUCUCCCUCCACCUUCCACCGUCCACCGCCCCUUUUCUCUUUCUCCACCGUCUUCCAACUUGUUUCACAACCUUUCUCGCAAGUUUUCCCGAUUCCAUUCCAACCUUAACAUCUCCAAUUACAUCGCACUCCCAUCUUCAUCAUCAUCAUCACAUGCUCCAUUUCCACACUUUCUUCUGACCUCAAACUUCCCAACCCUGGCUCCGCUCUUUCCUCCCAUCAUUCCUUAACAACACAUUUAUAAAAACCAUCCAAUUAUGUAACUCUUCCCUUUCCAUCUCAAAUCCUUUCCAAAAAACCACAAAAAAAAAUACUUCUCCUUCUCUCGCCUUUGCAAAAUCAUGUAGUGCAUCGUUCACUGUAAUAUCCAAUUAUCUUUUUCUACUUUUCUUUUAUUAUAUUUUCGAAGUUUGAAAAGAAAAAAAAAAAAAGAUGCCGGAAUCGGAGACAGGGACGCCGACGGCUGCUUCGGUGCCGGCGACGCCAGAUACUCCCGGCGGACCGCUGUUCACGUCGCUGCGUGUGGACUCGCUGUCGCACGAGCGUGACUCGUUCACCAUGGCCAGAUGCAAGUGCUUGCCGAGCAAAGGUAACACCUGCUUCACCGAUUUCUCCGUUGGUGUUUCACUGCCCAAUGUUUCUCUCACUCAAAAGGUGGGAGCAGAGUUUGUGGGGACAUUCAUAUUGAUAUUCGCAGCAACGGCUGGACCGAUAGUGAACAACAAGUACAACGGAGUGGAGACUCUGAUGGGAAAUGCAGCAUGUGCAGGGUUAACAGUGAUGUUCAUUAUCCUCUCAAUUGGACACAUCUCAGGCGCACAUCUCAACCCAUCACUCACCAUUGCCUUCGCCGCCUUUCGCCACUUCCCUUGGACCCAUGUCCCUGCCUACAUUGCAGCUCAAGUCUCCGCCUCCAUCUGUGCCUGUUUUGCUCUCAAAGGCGUUUACCACCCUUUCCUCUCCGGUGGGGUCACCGUCCCUUCUGUCACCGUUGGUCAGGCCUUUGCAACUGAGUUUAUCAUCACUUUCAAUCUCUUGUUUGUUGUCACUGCUGUUGCCACUGAUACUCGUGCGGUCGGUGAAUUGGCGGGUAUUGCUGUUGGGGCUACAGUUUUGCUCAACAUUCUCAUAUCAGGGCCAACAAGUGGUGGUUCGAUGAAUCCAGUGCGUACGUUAGGUCCUGCCGUUGCAGCAGGAAAUUACACGCAUAUAUGGAUCUAUUUGGUGGCUCCUACGCUGGGUGCUCUCGCCGGUGCCGGCGUUUACACGCUCGUCAAGCUCCGUGACAACGAGGCUGAACCACCGCGACAAGUUAGGAGUUUCCGUCGCUAGUUCGGCAACAGCAACUUCACUGUUCUUCCUCCACCCCACACGACAACGUUUUGGUUGUUACUUUCCAGUUUGAUUUUACAUGUAUAAUAAUAAUUAAAUAAAUAAAAUGUGGGGGGACUCGGUAAUGAUCAAAUAUGUGAAUUUAAGUGUGCAUGGUAAUAGAGUGUUUGAGUUUGUAUUGUCAUGGAACUGAUGUUCUUAAAGACCUAACUAAACCCAUCACUUGUUUUCUUCUUAUUUGUGCACCUAAUAAUAUCUAUAUCGUUUGUGUGUGUAAAA